AUGACUUCCUCUCCCAAUUCAAGCGGUACAGUAGUUAGGCGCCAGCGGCCUUGUACCACUCCUUCUGCCGCUGCUGCACGCGCACGGACGUCGCCUCGCCCCGUCUUGCCACAACCGUCUCCUCCCGUUAGUGCUUCUGCCGGGGAUGAACCGAGUAGUAGCUCCGAUGCUGCUCGCCCUCCCUUUCCUCGAGUGGCUAUCCCCACUUUCCCGGAGCGUAAGCGCCCGCAGGGUCAGCUGAAGCGCAACGCGGACGCUCAGCCACCAUCCCCUCGCCAUCGCAUGACGAAGAAAGUCUGUAAGGCGAUCACCGUGAAGGAGAAGCUGCACUGGUUGAAGAUGCAAGACUCUCAGCCCGACCUGGGGAAUCGCGCCUUGGCGAAGCUCGCGAAGGUGCAGCCCUGCCAGGUCCGCGAAUGGAGGAAGAUGAAGGAGCGGCUGGAGGUCGCAUCUAGCUGCCGCCGUCGCCUCAUGGGAUCUUGCCGCAAGGCGAAGUACCCGUUCAUGGAACGGGCUGUCUACCGCCACUUCCUUAACCACCAGGCGAAGGGCCUCGCCCUGAUUGACGACGAGCUCGUCGUCAACCCCUUCUACGCCGAAGCCCCCGUGCCGUCCGAGGAGCUGCAGCCGGCAGAGGAGGAUGUGGCCGCAGAGGAGGAGGCGGAGGCGGCGGCGGCGGCGGAAGAGGAGGAGUGGAACACGCCUGAAGAAGGGGAGGAGGCGGGAGUGUACAACGAAGACGAUGAGGAGUGGUGGCGUGCCGGCUGCUAUGACGGAGAGGAGUGUGAGGAAUGGGUCGCUGGGGACGAUGAGGACUAG